UGCUGUCUCUCUCGCUGAUCGAUGAUCGGGAUCGAAACCGGAGAAAACCGAAGAAUGCCGGGCUGCCAGUCGUAACCGUGUUCGUCACUUUCCGCCGACCACCGCCACUGCGUACAUCUCAGUUGUUGUUCGUAACGUCAGCCAUCAUCAUCAAAGUUUUUCUUUUGGGACAACAAGGGAGGAGGAAUUUCAUUUAAGUCGUCCUCUGUUGGAGUAUAAGAUUUUCACCAGUCCUCUUGGUAGAUAAUGCCACUGUUUGGAAAAUCUCCCAAAAGUCCACAGGAAUUAAUUAAAAGUCUGCGAGAUGCUAUGCUAUCAUUAUCAAAAGAGCCCGGAAGGGGUGACAAGAAGUCGGAUAAGGCUUCUGAGGAAGUAUCGAAAAACUUGAAUAUUAUUCGCAACAUGCUUUAUGGGAGUGGAGACCAGGAGCCCCACACAGAAGUGGUGGCUCAGCUGGCUCAAGAGAUGUACAAUGGCAACAUGUUUCAAGUUCUGAUCAAGAACCUCAACAAAAUCGAUUUUGAGGGUCGGAAAGAUGUUGUUGCCAUAUUUAACAACCUCCUGCGGAGACAGAUUGGUUCAAGAUCACCAACAGUUGAAUAUAUUUGUACACGUCCAGAAAUUCUAUUUGACCUGAUUAAAGGCUAUGACCAGCAAGAAAUUGCUCUGAACUGUGGUAUGAUGCUGAGAGAAUGCUGCCGCUAUGAACCUCUUGCCAAGAUAAUGCUUUAUUCAGAUGAAUUCUAUAAAUUUUUCCACUAUGUUGAAAUGUCCACAUUUGAUAUUGCUUCAGAUGCCUUCUCCACUUUCAAGGAAUUGUUAACGAAACAUAAGAUGCUUAGUGCUGAGUUUUUGGAAAAUAAUUAUGAUAAAGUCUUUGAAACUUACCAAAGGCUCCUAAAUUCUGAGAACUAUGUUACAAGAAGGCAGGCAUUGAAAUUGCUGGGUGAAUUGCUGUUGGACCGACACAAUUUCACCAUAAUGACUCGCUACAUCACAAACCCUGACAAUCUAAAACUCAUGAUGAACAUGCUGCGAGAGAAAAGCCGUAACAUCCAGUUUGAAGCUUUCCAUGUUUUCAAAGUAUUUGUUGCUAACCCCAACAAGCCAAAAGCCAUUCUUGACAUUUUACUCAGGAAUAAGGAGAAGCUAGUUGACUUCCUCACCAAGUUUCACACAGACCGUUCUGAAGACGAACAGUUCAAUGACGAGAAAGCUUAUUUGAUAAAGCAAAUUAAAGAACUGAAAGCUGUAGAAGCAUCUUAACAGUAAGCAAGGGACACACUGCUUGCAGGAGGUGGCUUGGAGGCUGGAGAUGAUGACAUGCAGGACAAAACAACCAAAAAAAAAAAACAGAAAAGAAAAAUUAAGCAUUAAAUAUAACAAAAGCACCUAAAAAAAAAACACACCCCAAAAUCCAACCAAUCCCCCAAAUAAAAAAAAACUAUCAACCAGCAGCUUUGAGAGGUAUGAAGCUGAUUUUGCAGUUUGUUUGUAUUGCUGGCAGAUUAAAGGAUGAUGAAUCGCAGCAAUUAUUGGAUCUCAAGCUAACCUAGAUUAUAAUAAAUCUAAUAAAUGUGAAAAGUGGUUGGGAAAAGAGGUGGAGGUGGUGGUGGUGGUCUAUUCCAGUAUUGUCCAGCCUGUUGUAAAGUAAAACAGUGUCCAACUUAUUGGUGAGGAGUGAGUGAGUGCAAGAGACUAAUGAGUGAGUGAGUGAGUGUGAGUGGCUGGCUAAAGCUGUGUGUGUGUGUAUAAACACAUAACAAAAUUGUAAAUGUAUUUUUGCACAAGAAUACAUUUUGGCCAGAAAACCUUGUUUUUAUGUGGUCACUUUAUAAAUGAAGAGACUGUUAAUUUAGCUUAAAAGACAUUUCAAUCGUUUGGAGAUAAAAAAACAAAACAAAAAAAAAAAAGAUACAAAACUAUUUAGCUUCCAAUUAUAAGAGUUUAUAUAUAUAUAUAUUUUUUUCUUGGACCUUUUUCAAGUGGAGAUAAAUCUUAAGAGAAGAACUACCUUGGAUUUUAAUUAAUUUAAAUCAUUUGAGCUGUUUGCUGCUCAUCUCACCUGUCCUGCUCCUGUCAACCCUUCUCUCCCUGCUUGCUCUCUAUUAGUUUGCGGAAGCAGAAGACAACACAGGCCGAAUGAAAGCUGGUUUGCAGUGUCCUCAGCCUUAAAACGGCUUUCCUCUUUCGGCCAAGGUUAGAACUGCUUUCAACAUGCAAUUUGUUGCACACAAGUGCAGCAGCAGCAGCCGAUUGCAACUGUUAUAUUGGCAACAAUUAUUAACUGCACUGAAUUCAGCAGCCGCAUUAACUUAUCACAUUAGGCAACAGUUAUACUGGUUCCAGUAGAAGCAGCAUCUUGCAUUGACUGACGCACCAGGACAAACAAUUCAAUAUCAAUAGUGGUUAGUUCAGUUUUACUGUGUGCUGCCUUAAAGUCACUGCUUUAUUUAUCUUUUUAACUAAAUCUGCUGUUCCCUUUCCUCCUGGGGUGGGUGGGGGCAUACAGUACACUCCAAAAAUUGAUUUGAUCAACCAACCAUCUGGGUCAUUUGGUUUUUUUUUUAAGUUCAACACCUAGAUGUAUAUAGAUUCUUUAGAAUACAAAGCAUUUUAACGUUGGUGUUAAGGUGUGUGUAUUUAUUCUUUAAAAGCCAGAUUAUUUUAACAUUUGACACUAAGCAGUUUUUUGGGUUUUUUUCCUUCUAAAAGGCAAUAUUUUAAACAUUUGGCACUAGUUCUGUAUAUAUAUAUUCUCUAAAAGACAAUAUUUUGAGCUGUAUAGAUUUUAAGAGAUAAUUAUUAAACCAGUAUUUUCUGAUCUUCAAAUUCUGCCAUUUCUUAUUUUUAAUCUAUUCCCACAAGUGUUCCCAUUUGUUGUGCUGGCUAAGACUAUAAACCAGUUUUUUUUUUCUUAAAAAUAACACAACUAGCAUGUGUCACUUCAUACCAGGAUUUUCCUUAGGAGUAAGCAUGUACAAAUGAGUAUUAAUUGUGUUGCCGCACUGAACUUUGUUAAUGAAACCCAUUUACUUGGUGUACAUAGCAAGCCACAGCUGUUGUCUAGGUUAUAUUUCAGAUGUUAAAAGUCCUCGCAUGACAUAGUUUUUCAACUGGAAGCCAUGCAGGUGCCCAUCUUCCCUUGACUACUACAAAUAACUGAUGGUAGUUCACCAGACAAAUACACUUAGUGGUAGUUAGUCACAUUCUGAGUUCAAAUCCAACCAGGGUCAUUAACUUCAAGUAAAGCACUUGAAAUUAUUUCGGUGAGUUGUAGCCAUUUUUUCUGCAUUUGUGACCUUAUCACUGUUAGACAUUAUUAGUUAGUGACCAUCUUAUUUAGCAACAGGAAACUACUCACAAAAAGAGAUGUGAAUUUAACAGCCUCCUCCAUGAAUCUGAGGCCUCAAAUCUUUGCAAGAAAUUAUUAUUAUUAUGAAUGCCUUAAUUUAGUUUUAUCCGUAUUGUGAGUCGAUCCAUUCGAGUUUCCUCUCAGCCCCUACAAAUGUUAGCGUCACGGAGUCUGUAAAGUUGUUGUGGUUGUUAGAUUUGAGAUAGGUUCAGUUAUAUACACCUGUCUCUCCACAAAUUAAGGACUCAUGCUACAUUAUUAUUAUUAUCAACGGCAGUGGAUGGGCUGACUCAGUAGAGAGUGGGGGGGAAAAUGCUUUGCAGUAUUUGUCCGCACUUUUACGUUCUGAGUUCAAAUCCUGCAAAGGUCGACUUUGCCUUUCAUCCUUUCAGGGUCUAUAAAAUAAAGUACCAGUCAUGUACUGGGGUUGAUGUAAUUGACUAAUCCCUUCCCAAAUACCUAGACUUGUGCCUAUAUAUAUUAGAAACCUUAUUAUCGACAAUGGUGCAUUUGGCAGAAUCAGUAGUGUAGAAAAAAUGCCUUGUAUUUAUUGUGGCUCUUUAUGUUCUGAGUUCAAAUCCCUCCAAAGUCAACAUUGCCUUUUAUUCUUUCAGGAUCAAUGAAAUAAGGUAACCAGUCAAGUACUAAGAUAACUGUAAUUGACUAAGCCUCCUCCCCCCUUCAAAAUUGCUGGCCUUGUGUCUAAAUAAGAAACAUUAUUAUUAUUAUUAGAAUAAUGGUUGACAGAAUCUAUAGCAUCUCAAGUACCACUUGAUUCUGUUCAAAUCCUGCCUCAGCCAACAUUUGCCUUUCAUCCUCUGGGGUGUGGUGGGGGUCUGUAAUGAAAUAGCAGUCAAAUACUAAGGUUCGAUUUUUAUUUGGUUGCUCUCCCUACCUCCCCCCCUCCCAAUUAUGUGCCUAUGGUGGAAAUUAUUAGGAGAGCAGAGGGCGAUGAGCUGGCAGAAUCGUUAGCACGCUGGGCAAAAUGUUUAGCGACAUUUUUUUGCCCAUCUUUACGUUCUGAGUUCAAAUUCUGCCAGGGUUGACUUUGCCCCUUCAUCCUUUCAGGGUCGAUAAAAUAAGUACCAGUCAAGCACUGGGGUCGAUGUAAUCAACCUAUACCCCUCCCCACAAAUUCUAGGCCUUACGCCUAUUAUAGAAAUUAUUAAGGGAGCAGAAUAAUUAGUGUCAAACAAGAUGCCCUGUGGUGUUUAGUUUUGGCUCUUUAGGUUCUAAGUUCAAAUCCUGCUAUGGUUGAGGUUUGCUUUUCAUUCUUCCAGGGUCAAUAAAAUAAAGUAACAGUCGAAGACCUGAGGUUGAUUUAAUGAACUGGCCCUCCCUGCAUUUUAUAUGGCCUUGCAUCUUAGAAACUGUUAUUAUUGUGAGUUGUGUAGUAACCCUUAAAUAGAUUUGGAAGACAAGAAGAGACAAUAUUUAAAAUAAUCCUCAUGUUUAAAAGACUUGUUACUUGAAUGUAACCAUUCUGCAUCGGCUUCUCUUAUUAGCAGCUGAAAAACUACAUGACCCUGACUAAGCAGGAGUAGCAAAGACAGUUUAUAUUGUCUGGCAGGAGGCCAGGUUCUUUCACAUUGCUAGGUACAGCAACAGUAUAAGAAACCGCUGUUAUGACAUGGGUAAUGUCUGCUCGGUCGGAGCAAUUUCACUUUCUGCAGACACUGAUAAAUAUUCUUGUUGGGUGUAGCCACGAAAGUCAUGGGUCUCACCACAGCCACUCUGACACCUAAAAUAUAGGGCUUUUGUACCUGUACACACAUACAUAGGUUUAGAAGAUCAAGCAGGAAAAAUAGAAUUUAAUACAUGAGUGUGUAUAUAUAAUAUAUAUAUUUGGAAAAUUGGCAAUUGUCGGUUUUUUUGGUUUUUUUUUUACCCUGAAGUUUUGCUUCUUUUUUUUUCACUAUUAUUUCUCCUUUGUUGGAUAUGCAGAAUUAGUUGAGCGUCGAACAAGAAGUUCCAUUACCUUCUGAGUUUCAAAUCCCUUUGAUCUCAAUUUUGCCUUUCAUUCUUCCAGGGUCAAUAAAAUAAAAUAUCAGCUAUAUAUUAUUGAGGAGUUUAUUUCCUUACCUCCCUUACUUCUCCCCUCCAAAGAAAAAAAAUUAUACAUAUAUAUAUGUAUAUGUAUGUGUGUAGUUUUCUUUUCUAUAUAAAGAAAUUAUUUGAUCCUUCAAGAACUCCACCAUAAUUAAAUAUAUCUAUAUGGCAGUUAUACCAGUCUUUCAAUAUAUCGGUAUUUUCUAAUUCUAAAUUGAUAUACUGGACACUGGUAUAAGUGUGUAUGCAUGUGUAUGUGAGAUGUAUGUAUGUAUAUAUAUAUAUGUGUGUGUACAUACACAUACAUCUGGUUUUCCAUGCUUUUAUGGGUUACACAGAUAUAUUGUUGAGGUUUUGUUUUACAGCCGGAUGCCCUUCCUGUCACCGACUCUUAGGUUUUUCCAAGUAAGGGACAUCUUAUGCCAUGUCUUCAAAAGUGCAAAAUCUGUAGAUGUCUUGUUUACAAGAGAAACAACAGCAACAUCACCCCCUUGUAGCCGAGUGAAGACAGACACACACGAAUGGGCUUCUAUCAGGUUUCAGCUACCAAAUCCACUCAAUGCUUUUUAGUCAGCCAAAAGCUCUUAGUAGAUAGCUCUACAGUGCCAUGAAAAACAAUUUUAUGUCCAGAUGCACACACAUACACUCAUAGAUACAGAGUCCACC